UUUUAUUUAUUGGCCUGAAGAGAACAGUGCACUUGCAGUUUGAGGAACAAAUAAACUAUAUACCUCUCGGAGUGUUCAUGAUGGAGAAAAUGUUCCUUGCACCGGGUUUUCGUUUUCAUCCUACUGAUGUUGAACUGAUUCUGUAUUACCUGAAGAGAAAGGUCAUGGGAAAGAGACUCCAUGUUGAUGCCAUCGGGGAGAUAGAUCUAUACAAGUUUGAUCCUUGGGAUCUUCCAGAAAAAUCAUGCUUGAAGAGCGGAGACCUUGAGUGGUAUUUCUUUUGCCCAAAGUAUAGGAAAUAUUCGAAUGGGCCAAGGACAAAUCGUGCCACUGAACAUGGGUAUUGGAAAACUACUGGAGUUGAUAAACUUAUUUGUCAUAAUUCAGAGACAGUAGGAAAGAGAAAGACUUUGGUUUUUCAUGAAGGCCGGGCACCACGAGGGCGUAAAACCAAUUGGGUAAUGUAUGAGUACAGGCUUGACGAUAAAAAUCUGGUUCAUGCGGGUGUCAUUCAGGAUACAUAUGUGCUUUGUAAAAUCUUUGAAAAGAGUGGCUCAGGACCAAAAAAUGGUGAACAAUAUGGUGCACCAUAUAGAGAGGAGGAUUGGGAGGACGAUGACAUGAGGAAUUCCUUGGCUUCGUUCCCCAAUGCUGACCCUGAUUCCUCAUCCCUUGCCCAGGCUGAGGAGCAGCCUCCCUUGAGAAAGGAUAAUGACAUUGUUUCACUCUUGGAAAUGUUUGACAAAGAUGAUGGUGCCGCGGUUUCCAACAGCAAUGUUGGUAAUGAGAACUUGGAUAAAUCUAAUGCUGAUGAAAAUGCUCAUUUGGAGGGCUAUGCGAUUUAUAAUGGCUUGCAAGACCUUGGUUCUCCAUCCGAUUUGAAGACAAGUGGACUUCAUUUCCAUAGUAGCAUGGAAACUGAAUAUACUCUGGAUCCUAAGCUUCUGGAAAAUGAUGCACCUUUCCUGGAGUUAAAUGAUCUGGCUUACCCAUUGGACUGCACUGCUGAAACUAAUGUUUCGUAUGCCUGCUCCAACGAUUUCAAUUAUUUAGACGGCUUCUGUGAUGCUGGUCUGCCUGCUUCUGGAUUAAGCAUGUCCCACCCUCUGUAUCCUGAGGGAGCUCGGGUUGAAGAUCAAUUGCCUGCAUUUCCAAAGGACAAAGGCUCUGAUGGUGAUGUAAUCCAUGGAAAUGAAGCUGCCAUGUGUAACCUUGCUGCUUGUUCAGGUAGAAAAGCAGAAGAGAGAGGAAUGGAAUAUUUCCAGCAAGCCCCAGCAAGAGCCUCUGCGGUAUUGGGUUCUGUGACCUCUGGUUUGUGCUGAAGGCAGCAGAGGGUGCAGCAGGUGAACGGCAAAAUGCAGCCUAUUCUGGAUUUCGUUUUGUGUUGGAAUCUAUCCCCGCUUAUCCCACUUCAGCCACUGAGUAUCCAUCUCGUACCAAUGGAGGGAAGAGAUUGGAGGGUGGUCGUCUCUUAUCAACAUA